AUGCCUAACGAUGCGAGAUCGACCGUGGCAGCCACGAGCAGCAUGAAAACUGAUUGCAGCAGCAUUGCUGUUGAAAUAGGCAUAGUUACGGAGCAGGAACACCUUGACGAAAUCCCAAAUCCCCACUCCCCACUCCCCACCCCCACUGCGGCGGCGGCACAGGCCCAGCGUUUACGCGCUGCAGCUGGUUACCGAGUACAGGGAAAAGCGAACAGCGGCCAGGCCACGCGCAAGAACCGGCUAUCCCAGCCAUCCCUGCUAGCCUGGAGGUCUCCGUGUCUCCCCGACUGGCGUGUCAUUGGCGACGAGGAAUCUUUUCUGCCGGGGCCACUGAAGCGGCCUCACCGCCUUAUAUAG